AUGUCCGUUCGUUCAGUUCUCGGGGGCCGCACCCCUGCUGGGAUCCUGUCCCUCGCGUCUGCUCUCCCAGUCCGUCAGUCCGCCCCGAUGGCAUCCAAAUUCACCCGCCUCCACUCCACGGCCAUUCGUCCCUCGCAAUGCGCAGCUCCAAAGGUGGUCUUCCGUCAUGCCCGCGCUCCCCAGUAUUCUCUUACCCGCCCGGCCAUUCGCACACAAUCGACCUCUGCUCCAGGAAAGGUUGAGGCGAAGUUGGACUGGAACUCUUUCUUCAAGCUCCGCGCCUCUCGCCGCCGCUAUUCUCUGGCAUCCUCCAUUGGCACCUGCCUCCUGUCGACGACAAUCGGCGUGCAGCUCCUCUCAUCGCAAGAUCUGGAAUCUCUCGGCGCUCAGGUGAUGGGCCUUGACCCUUUUGUGGUUCUCGGUCUGGCAACCGCUGCUUGCGGAGCUGUCGGCUGGUUGGCCGGUCCCGUCGUCGGCGAGGGUGUCUGGGGCCUGGUUUACCGGAGAUUCAAGCCGUCCGUUGCAACAAAAGAGAAGGAAUUCUUCGACCGAAUCCGACGAUUCCGAGUGGACCCGUCGACCAACUCGAUCGCAAACCCUGUGCCCGACUACUAUGGCGAGAAGAUCAACAGUGUGCAGGGUUAUCGACAGUGGCUUAAGGAUCAGCGGGCAUACAACCGAAAGCGCCGCAACUUCAUUGCCUAA